ACGCCCCAGCAGAACCGCAGCCAUGCCAAAGUCCCUCCGGCAGGUGCUCCUCGCCCUGCUGCUCCUGAUGUUCCUGGGGCCCAGUGAAGCCAGGAGGAAGCAAGGUACCAAAGCACCCAAUAACACCAAGCCAGCUCUGCUGCAGCUAUCUGACCACCUCCUGACCCACUACAAGAAGAGCGUCCGGCCUGUUCUCGACUGGAGGAAACCAACCACCGUUUCUAUUGACGUCAUGAUCUAUGCCAUCCUCAGUGUGGAUGAAAAGAACCAAGUGCUGACUACUUACAUCUGGUACAGGCAGUACUGGAUUGAUGAGUUUCUCAAAUGGAAUCCUGAAGAUUUUGACAACAUCACCAAGCUGUCCAUCCCCAUCGACUACAUCUGGGUCCCAGACAUCCUUAUCAAUGAAUUUGUGGAUGUAGGAAAAUCUCCAAGCAUCCCAUAUGUGUACGUUCGGCACGAGGGCGAGGUCCAGAACUACAAACCCAUUCAGGUGGUGACUGCAUGCAGCUUGGACAUCUACAACUUUCCCUUUGAUGUGCAAAACUGCUCACUGACUUUCACCAGUUGGCUUCACACAAUCCAGGACAUCAACAUUUCCCUGUGGCGGUUACCAGAAAAGGUGAAGGUUGAUAAGACCGUCUUCAUGAAUCAGGGAGAGUGGGAGCUUCUAUAUGUGCUGCCCCAGUUUCAGGAGUUUAGUGUCGAAAGCAGUGACAGCUAUGCAGAGAUGAAAUUCUAUGUGGUCAUCCGUCGGCGGCCCCUUUUCUACACUGUCAACCUGCUGUUGCCAAGCACUUUCCUCAUGGUCAUGGACAUCGUAGGCUUCUACCUGCCCCCAGACAGUGGUGAAAGGGUCUCCUUCAAGAUCACUCUCCUUCUGGGUUACUCUGUCUUCCUUAUCAUCGUGUCUGAUACCCUUCCAGCCACAGCUAUUGGCACCCCACUCAUUGGUGUCUAUUUUGUGGUGUGCAUGGCCCUGCUGGUGAUCAGCCUGACUGAGACCAUCUUCAUUGUAAGGCUGGUACACAGGCAAGAGCUCCAGCCCCCUGUGCCUGCCUGGCUUCGGCACCUGGUGCUUGAUCAAGCUGCAGUUCUUCUUUGCCUCCAGGACCAACCAUAUAAAAGUCCCUCAGCCCUCCAAAAACCCACAGUCCCCUCCCAUCCCACUGAGAAUGACACAUGCACAGCCACGAUAAACCACUGCAGCAGGUUGGGAGGGCUUCAGGACUUGGAGAAGACCACAGCAGAGAGGGGAAACCCUUCCCCACCACCCCAGGAAAACUCUGUAGUAGUACAUGGACUACUUCAGGAAUUGGCAACUAUCCGGCAUUUCCUGGAGAAGCAGGAUGAGUGCCGGGAUAUUGCCCGGGACUGGCUACGGGUGGGUUCUGUGCUGGAUGUGCUGCUGUUCAGAAUCUACUUGCUGGCAGUACUGGCCUAUAGCAUUACACUGGGUACUCUGUGGUCCAUCUGGCAGUAUGCAUGA